AUGGAGGACAUUGACUCCUCCGGGUCAACUGUUGACCGUUCUCAAACCCCUGUCCAAUCGGACUUCACUAAAAAUCCUCCUCUCAAUAGUUCUCGUCAUAAUCCUGAGAACGGUUUCUUCAAAGCGUUUGCAGAAAUCCUCGCUAAUCGGAACUCCGAUGGGAGUAUCUUCAUACAACCUGAUAAGGUUAACUCGUUACUUCCUCUUUUUGAGAUCGAAAAGAUAGCUAGUGUUCAAACUCUAUCUCUGGUAGAGAAGAUCACUAUCCGUUUAGACUCCUUUGAGAGAUCACUCAACUCGGUAGUCAACUCAUCCUUGAAAUCCUCACCUGCAUGGGUGUUAGGUAAAAAAAAGGGUGCCCCUUCUAAAUCGAUUCCUCAUUCUACUGUCUCUCGCCCUCCCCCUUCCACCUGA